CUCACCGCCACCGGAAAUAAGAUGCUGAGCCCUUCCCCAAACGAUCCGGCUAGAAAUCUAGGAAGCGCUGAUCCAGAGCGCACAGAGACAGCUGUGUUGCUCCUCUAUCGCGGGGAUGGUAUGGCCAGAGUAGUGAGAGAAGGGGCUUUGUUACACCCAGCAGGAACUAGGUGCUGUCCUGGGCCUAGACUCCCCGCCCGCUCCUUUGCUCGCGCACACCCGGAUCCUUCGUCGCGGGGAGGAUGUUUCCGCCCGGCCGCGGUGGGCGUGACGCAACGUCCAGCGCGCGCUUUUCAUGCCUUGGCGUUUCCUUUGGCGGAUUUUCUGUUUUCAGAAGUUGCUCGGUUCGUUUUAUUCAGCGGCAGUGGUGCUUCCCCGAAUCUCAAAAUGCCUGUUAAAAGAUCACUGAAAUUGGAUGAUCUGUUAGAAGAAAAUUCAUUUGAUCCUUCAAAAAUCACAAGGAAGAAAAGUGUUAUAACUUAUUCUCCAACAACUGGAACUUGUCAAAUGAGUCUAUUUGCUUCUCCCACAAGCUCUGAAGAACAAAAGCACAGAAAUGGACUAUCAAAUGGAAAGAGAAAAAAAUUGAAUCACCCCAGUUUAACUGAAAGCAAAGAAUCUACAACAAAAGACGAUGAUGAAUUCAUGAUGUUGCUAUCAAAAGUUGAGAAAUUGUCAGAAGAAAUCAUGGAGAUAAUGCAAAAUUUAAGUAGUAUACAGGCUUUGGAGGGCAGUAGAGAGCUUGAAAAUCUCAUUGGAAUCUCCUGUGCAUCACAUUUCUUAAAAAGAGAAAUGCAGAAAACCAAAGAACUAAUGACAAAAGUAAAUGAACAAAAACUGUUUGAAAAGAGUACAGGACUUCCUCACAAAGAUACUUCAAUUUUAAAAGCACUGAGGUUUGAAGUUUAGACAUGACGACUUUUAGGAGAAACAACAGAAAUUCCCCCUAUGCUUUAACAUUCUGGGUUUAUCUGGAGAUAAAAAAUGGAGCCAUUAAUUUUGAUAGCACAAAUAUACAUUAAUGUACAACUAUAGUCCUCAGCUCUUUGUAAUGAUUCAGCUAUCAUGUAGCCAUAUGUGAGUCAUAACCUUUCCUAUUAAUAAUGUUAAUGCUCUUGUUUUACAUGAUUCAUCAUUGUUUUGGGGUAUGCAUUUCAGCUGCUAAAAAUGCUUACUUGAGAUUUGUCUAGGAUUUAGGUAAAAAUAAACUGGCUUAUUACUUUUCAAAGCCUUUUAAAUUUCUUUCAUGGUUUAAAUUUUUUAUACUUUAACAGAAGUAUGAUAAUUUUUGUUUCAAAUAAAAUUAGUAGAAAAAAUUUUAAACUAUAGAUUUGGACUCACUUAAUAGCAAUUAGGUGUUUAAGAGGUGUAAAUAACUUGCUAUCAGACGUUACAAAUAUCCAGGUGCUCUGUAUGUGCUGAUGACAACAAAAUUGAAAAGAAAGACUGUAAUAAUUCUGACUGGUUUUCUCUGCAGAAGAUAUUGAUUAUUUGUGUGUGGUGAGAGAUUUGGAAAAUUCAAUUAAAGGAGUUGUGCAAAGGUUUCAUAAAUUUUCCUUCUACAGGGUGUACACAGACAUUGUUGUGUAUUAAAUCAAUGCAGCACUUCACAAUAUAUUUUCUUUGAAACAUAAAAAUAAAUAACAUUUAAACAGUUCUGCUUACUACAGAAACAAAUUUUAUUUUCUGUGAAGCAUUUAGUCAUGUGCUAUCACUGACUCAUACACAUUUGCCAGCUGUAACAAAUUUUAUAGACAUUUUCUCCAGAGACAUAUCUCACAUACUAUGAAUUUUUAAAUGAGCAAAUGGUGAAGAAGGGAUGUCAGCAAUAUAAAAAUUGAUCAGUUAAAAGAUAAAAGCAUAAGUAAAGAGAUUUGUAUGGUAGUCUUAAUAGGUUUUAUUAAAUAAAAAAUACUGUAAAAAGACAGUAAUGAAUAGACUGAAGACUAUUCUUGAGGUGGAGAAAAAUUAUUCUGGCACAUUUAGUAGAAAUUGGUUUUGUGUCACCUGACAGGUGAACUUUUUUUUUCCCAUUUUUAACUCUCAGAGUAGUCAAAAAAGCCCCACAAAAAAAGAGUUAGAUAAAUUAUCUAAGUUGUUUACAUAUUUUAAACACAAUAAAGCAAAUGUUUAUAGUAUUAUAACUUGUUAUAUAGUUAAAAGCAGGACUUGGUAAUUAUUAAAUAUUAGGUGAUUUUUCCUCCAGCUCAGACCUCAGAUAAGAGGAGGGUAGUCAUUUUUAUUCAUACUAUUCACACCAAGUGCUUCAGCCCUCUGGAACCUCUCUUUCAGGACCCCAGAACUCUUUGCUACCUUUCCCUAUACCUAGAUUGCUUUUUUCUCUGUCUUGCAAACUCCUGCUCAUCCUUUAAGGUCAGCCUCAGAUGUCACAACCUCUGUGAAGCUCUCCCCAGCUCUCCUAGGUAAAGCUAAAUUGCUUCAUCUUUGAGGCUCCCACAACACUUGUCUGAAUAUUUUAAAUGUAUCAUGUUGUAGUGCAUUGUAAUUGCCUGGUUACAGGACUCUUUCUGGGCUCCUCUUUGGCAAACAAACAAAAAGUCUUAUCUAUGUACGAUAGUUCCAGAGCCUAGCACAGUGCUUGGAUAGAGCCUGGAAAGAAGUUCCACAUGCAGUGCAGCCAAUGUGUGAUGAAUGAAAAGAACUUUUUUAAAAGAAUUAUCUAAGUAUUUUCAAAUACUUACAAAUUGCUAUUUUCUUACUUCAUUAAUGUUUAUUGAGUGCCUACCAUGCUCCAGGUAUUAUUCUAGCACUGGGGACACGCUGACAAACAAGGCAGACAUAGUCCUGCCCUCAGGGGUAUAGAAUCUAGCACAAAUGACAAGUCAUUUUAGUAACCAUAAAGCGUAUACUAACAAUGGUAAUAAGCAUGUAUUGUAAUAAAUGUCUUGGAAGUUUUCGUAAUAAAUUUGAAAAUGUAUAUUCUGAAAUAGAAUCAGGCUAACUAUAGGAUGUUGAAAUGAGAAUUUAUAGCCUCAUAGCUGCUCUUAGUGUAAAACAAGACUUUAGGUUGUUUUAAUUUCAUUUUGCUUCAACAUUUAUUCUGCGUCAUAUAUUGUGGCAAGUUGCUUUGAAUUGUUUUCUGGAAAAAAAAAAAACACCUUUCUUCUUUCAUAUAGAAUCAUGUCAUCUUGACAGCUGUGAAUUCCUUAAAGCCAUUUUAAACUGAGGCAUUAAGAAGAAAUGCACUCACCAUGAGCACCAACUUCUGCAUCUGCCUGAUCAUAUUUAAAGGAACAGAGAAAUAUUUGUAAUUAAUCUGCCCAGUAAAUACCAGCUCGUAGCAGUCGGCAGGUGCAUGUCUAGAUAAAAUUUCUUGCAGCUAAUUUAAACUUUCUACACACACCAGUAGAUAAUCUCAAUGUAAAUAAUACAUUUCUUCUUGGCUCUUUAAUGUAAGCCAACACAGAGAGGAAGAUCUUGACUUAUAUUCUGUACCACAUACGCUUCUGUGGACUUUUAGCAUUUGUGGGUAGACUUAAUAAAGCAUGUAUAAAAGUGGCA